AUCCUCCUCCUCCUGCCCAGCAGAGACUGAGGAGGGAGCCCUGCCAGGCAGACAUGGCCAGGGUGGCAGCAAGGCUGUGCCAAGACAGAGCAGCCCCAGAGGGGCUGGGCUCCUACGGGAAGGCAGUCAGGUAUUUGAACCAGGACUACGAGGUCCUGAAGCAGCGGUGCCUUCAGGCUGGUGCUCUCUUCAAGGAUGAGGAGUUCCCAGCCUGUCCCUCUGCGCUGGGCUACUGUGACCUGGGACCCUACUCCUUCAAGACCCAGGGGAUAAUCUGGAAGCGCCCCACGGAGUUAUGCUCAAACCCUCAGUUUAUAGUUGGAGGAGCUACUCGAACAGAUGUCUGCCAAGGAGAGCUGGGUGAUUGCUGGCUGCUGGCUGCCAUUGCAUCUCUGACUUUGAAUCCAGAUGUUCUGUACCGUGUUGUUCCCAAAGCUCAAAGUUUCCAGGAGGACUAUGCUGGCAUCUUUCAUUUCCAGUUCUGGCAGUACGGGGAGUGGGUGGAUGUCGUGGUGGAUGACCGGCUGCCUACCAAGAAUGGGAAGCUGCUCUUUGUGCACUCGGAGGAAGGCAACGAAUUCUGGAGCGCACUGCUGGAGAAGGCCUAUGCCAAGCUAAACGGCUCUUACGAAGCUCUCACUGGAGGGUCCACUAUAGAAGGGUUUGAGGACUUUACUGGAGGCAUCUCUGAGUCCUAUAAUCUGAAGAGGGCUCCUUCAAACUUGUACCAAAUCAUCCAGAAGGCUCUGAGAGCUGGGUCACUUCUUGGCUGUUCCAUUGAUGUAACUCGUGCAUCUGAAACAGAAGCAAUCACAAGUCUGAAGCUGGUAAAGGGACACGCUUAUUCUGUCACUGGGGCAGAGGAGGUACAUUACCGAGGAUGGCCAGAGAAACUUGUGAGGCUUAGAAAUCCCUGGGGUGAAGUGGAAUGGACUGGAGCCUGGAGCGAUAAUGCUCCUGAAUGGAACUAUAUUGAUCCCAAACAAAAGCAGGCUCUGGAUAAGCAAAUAGAUGAUGGAGAGUUUUGGAUGGCGUUUUCUGAUUUUCAAAGGCAGUUCACACGACUGGAGAUCUGUAAUUUGACUCCCGACACACUGACAGGCAACCAAGUCAACAAAUGGGACCUGACCAUGUUCAAUGGACAGUGGAGACGGGGUUCAACUGCUGGGGGUUGCCAGAACUACCCAGCAACAUACUGGAUCAAUCCCCAGUUUAAAAUCCGUCUGGAUGAACCAGAUGAUGACCAUGACGGGAGUUUAAAUGAACCAUGCUGUACUAUACUGGUGGGCUUGAUGCAGAAGAACCGCAGGAGGCAGAAGAAAAUGGGAGAAGGUCUACUUAGUAUUGGUUAUUCACUCUAUCAGAUUCCUCAGGAGCUGGAAAAUAGCACAGAUAUUCAUCUGAACCGUGCUUUCUUCGCAAGGAACCAACCAAUAGCCCAGUCUGGGACUUAUGUCAACCUACGUGAGGUCUCCAGCCGUAUUAAAUUGCCCAAGGGGGAGUACCUCAUUGUGCCAUCCACAUUUGAACCUUACAAAAAUGGAGAGUUCUGCCUUCGAGUUUUUUCUGAGAAACAGGCUAAAACUCAGAUGAUUGGUGAUAUGGUGGCUGCAAAACCAUAUGAGCCUCAUGUCGAUAACAAAGAUAUAGAUGAUGAGUUCAAGACUCUGUUUCAAAAACUCUCUGGAGAGGACUGCGAAGUGACUGCAAUUGAACUUCAAACUAUUCUAAAUAGAGUUUUGGCGAAGAGAAAGGAUAUUAAAAGUGAUGGAUUCAACAUUAAUACUUGCAGGGAGAUGAUCAGCCUUUUAGAUACUAAUGGGACUGGCUCCUUGGGACUUAUAGAAUUCAAGACUCUUUGGAUGAAGAUUCAAAAGUAUUUGGCAAUCUAUAAGAAGGUGGACAGUGACUACUCCGGUACCAUCGAUGCCCACGAGAUGCAAAAUGCCCUCAGAGAGGCAGGUUUCACACUCAACAGUCAGGUGCAGCACAGCAUUGCCAUCCGCUAUGCCUGCAGCAAGCUGACCAUUGACUUUGAUGGUUUUGUGGCCUGUAUGAUCCGCUUAGAGACCCUGUUCAAACUCUUCCGUCUCCUAGAUAAAGAAAAGAGUGGUGUUGUCCAGCUCUCUUUAACAGAGUGGCUGUGCUGCACUUUGGUUUGAACUACGAUCAAUGAAUUCAGCAGAGACCUCUGAAUGCAACAUCGCUACUUUGACUUCUUCUUGUUAUGGAAAGCAGAGACAGAAACUUGUUUUUUAUUACUGGCAAGUUAUUUCUAAGCCCAUUAAAAAUGAAGUGAUCUCCUGUCAGUUAGAAAGUAAAUACACUCUUGAACGAAAACCCAAACCAAUAAAUAAAACAAACCUAAUCCUAA